AUGACUUUAGUAGCGAUAGGCGCAUGCUACAUCGACACAAUCCUGACGGUUCCUCACUACCCCGGGGAGGAUGAGAAACUACGUUCAUCCAGCCUCUGUCGCCGCAGAGGGGGGAACUGCCCAAACACUCUUGAAGUUUUAGGGCAAUUGUUGCAAUAUGGCCCCCGCACCGAGGGAUCCAUGUUGAAUUUGAUAUCGGUCCUUCCCUCGUUGUCAUCUGUCUCAUCAAAUAAGAUACAGGAAGGUCUCGGAAACCUGGUUGAUAUCAAGAAUUGCAUUUACCGGGAGCAAUUCAGCGAGCCGGCGUCCAGCUACAUCAUCAUGAGCCAGGCCUCUGGUAGUAGAACAAUCGUCAAUCAUAAUGAGUUGCCUGAAAUGACCCGCGAUGAAUUCGCAUCUGCAAUUGAGCCUUUCCAUGCGGCAACUGAAGUUCCUUGGUUUCAUUUCGAGGGUCGAGCGCCAGAAGUCACAAUCGAGUGUAUCCAUCACAUUCGUAGUCGUUUCCCAGAAGCACUUGUCAGCGUUGAGAUUGAAAAGCCAGGUCGACUCGGUCUACAGAAACUUGCCGAGGCAGGGGAUGUUGUGAUAUACUCCAAAGGCUGGGCCCAGAGCAAUGGAUAUACGACGGCUGAAGACUGCCUGAGAAAGCAAAUGCCAAAUACUCCCCAGGCAUCUCUGCUCUGUUGUACCUGGGGCGCCGAAGGUGCUGCGGCUUUAGAGCCAAAAACCGGGAGUUUCGCCCAUAUCCCAGCGCAUACCGGUGAACAGGUUCUCGAUACUAUUGGAGCAGGUGAUACAUUUAUAGCUGGGCUUCUUUACGGCCUCAUAUAUCGAAGCAAGGACUGGCACUUCCUGAGGAGAUUGGAGUUUGCAAAUCACUUGGCUGGCCUGAAGGUAACGCAGGAAGGCUUCAAAGACCUGCAUAAAGUGUUUAGACUUGGACCAUACCAGGUCAAGGGAAGUUGGACAGGAAGAGGAAAGAAGUCAUUACAGCUCAAGGAGGCCGCAAUGUAG